AUGUCUUCUAAAUUCUUGUACCAGACAUAUACACUUGCCAAUGGUAGUAGUAAAGUUGUCAAGGAAAGUGUUCGUGUGGUUGUUGCCAAUUGCUCACUACUCUCGAACUUUCUAGGUAAUGACAAACUAUAUGCCGAUGCCCGGGCCAUGUCGCAAAAGGCCAAAAAGCAGCCCCUAGAUGAAGAUAAUCAGCAAGUGGAUGAAUAUGACGUGUUCCAAGCAGCUCGCGAGAAAUCUAAGAGUGUCAAGCAGGCUGAAAAGAAACAAAAUGAUAUUCUAACAAACAGCAAGAGGCCUAAAAACCGAAAAAGUGACAUCUCCAAUAAGAGAGAGUUUGGCACCACUAGGUUUUUGAAUAAUGAAGAUAGCUCCAAAGCCAAACCAAAGGUCAUCGGCGAGGCUGAAAAGGCAGAUUUCGAAAUGUCACAGUCAUCAGUGCCAUCUUCAAGGAUCAGCCGACUAUUUCAUUACGGAACAUUGGCUGCAGGAGUUGGACUCGACGUACUUCGACAGAGCGCCGAGAGUUAUGCGAAAGGUCAAGAUCCCAAGCCUGUUGGAUCCAUGAUCAUGUCUCCUCGGAACAUUGAGCGGAUUGCUCGCAAGUUUAGUCGAAUGCGUGGUGCUGCGCUAAAAAUCGGACAGAUGCUUUCUUUCCAAGACGCAUCAGUGCUGCCUCCUGAAAUCCAGCAAAUCCUCCUUCGUGUUCAAAAUAGCGCUCAUUACAUGCCGUCGGGACAGCUAGAGAAAGUCAUCUCUUUUGAGCUUGGCGAUGGCUGGAGAAGUCGGUAUUUUGCUUCUUUUGACGAUGUACCUAUCGCAGCAGCUUCCAUCGGACAAGUUCACCGGGCAAUCACUAAGGACACCCAUGAAAGGGUUGUGGUCAAAGUUCAAUACCCCGGAGUGGCGGACAGCAUAGAUUCUGACCUUGAUAAUAUUUUGACUCUUUUAACAGCAUCCAGACUGCUUCCACCGGGAUUGUUUCUCGAGAAAAGUGUCGCCAACGCAAGGGUCGAGUUGAAGUGGGAAUGUGAUUAUCUUAGAGAGGCUCAGAAUAUUGCUCGUUUUGGCGACUUGUUGAAAGAUGAUCCUGUUUUCGUGGUUCCCAAAGUUUAUCAUGAACUAAGUGACGAGCAUGUUUUAACGAUGGAAGAAAUGCGAGGUAUCGAGAUUAUGAAGAAGGAAUGGCCUCAGGAGACGAAAAACUGGAUCUCAUCAAAUAUCAUGAGGUUGACGCUCACAGAAAUAGCCAAAUUUAGAUUUAUGCAAACAGAUCCCAACUGGGCCAAUUUCCUUUACAACGAAGAGACUAACAAGAUCGAGCUUUUGGAUUUCGGAGCAUGCAGGGAUUUUAAGAAAGACUUCAUUACCACGUAUCUCAACUGUUUGCGCGCCUCCGUGAAGAAAGAUUAUGAUAAAGUCCAAACGUACUCCAAAGAUAUGGGAUUUCUCACCGGUUUGGAAACUGACAGCAUGACACAGGCCCAUGUUGAGUCGAUUAUAGCGCUAGGCGAGCCAUUUUCUCCGGUUGACAACAAGGGUUCUGAUUAUGACUUUACCAAUCAAACAGUGACCGAUCGUGUUCGCGGAAAUAUCAAGUUAAUGUUGAAUGAACGUCUUACACCACCUCCAGAAGAGACGUACAGUUUGCACAGAAAGCUCAGCGGUGCUUAUCUUCUUUGCGCAAGGAUGAAAGCUGUUGUUCCAUGCGAGAAGAUUUUUGAGGACAUUGUUGGUCUAGACUACGAGUGA